AUGAGUUCACAGCAUGGAACCCAGAUGACUUCUGUGGAAUCACUUCAUGUUCAAUUAAAAAGGACAUGGUUUGGACUCCAGACAUCAGCAUCACUGAAAGCAUCAAGACUGAGUUCGCAACAAUGGAGAAUCAGUAUGUGCAGCUGCUGAAUGAAGGUGCUGUUGUGACGUCUAACACUUUUGCUGUGACCACGGCCUGCAAGAUGAACCUGCACCAGUUUCCCUUCGACGUCCAACGCUGCACUAUCACCCUUCAGUCUCCGAUCCAUUCAAGCAAGGAGCUCGUACUCAGCCCGAUCUCUGAUGCUUCAUUCCUGACCCUCAGCUCCAAGAAGGCCUUUCAGACUCAAGGAGAGUGGGAACUCCUUAGUAUAAAUACAUCUAAAGCCAAUGCCACUACUCAAGGAGAACCACAGGAUCAGCUGAUAUAUAAGAUCACCAUGAAGAGGAGACCACUGCUGUAUGUCAUUAACUUCCUAAUGCCAGUAUUUUACUUCCUUAUUCUGGAUUUGGCCUCCUUCUUCAUCGAUUCAACUGGAGGAGAGAAGCUGGGUUUUAAAGUAACUCUGCUUCUGUCUAUUUCUGUGCUACUGCUGCUUCUCCAAGACAUGCUGCCCUCUACUGCCAGUGAUAUCCCCCUGAUUGGGGUUUAUUGUGUUGUCAUCUUCACUCUGAUGGGCAUCAGUGUUCUGGAGACCAUUCUUGUGAAUUUUCUGAUUGCUAAAGGAAAUCGGACCAUUUCAGUAAAACCAAUGGAAAACUCACCUACUCUUUCUGAUGCUGUAAAGGACAUGAAGAGCUGUCCAGACUCAGAAACAGACAGGCAUGAAGAGCGGCUGCAUGCUCUUGAUCUUCUGAAGGCUGCUGCUACUCAUACAAACCACCAAGAGAGGAAAUGCCUGAGCUGGACCAGAGUGGCAGCAAUAGUAGAUGUGAUCUUUAACUUCCUGUAUGUAACCACAGUUAUUGUGUUUCUGAUAAUGCUGUUCAAAGCUUGGUUCCCAUGAGUGAAUGUCCCUUAUAGGCCUGCCCUGUACAUGAGAUGGAAAGACUUCCUCUGCAUGAGAUCAGCCAGAGUUGGUUUUCCAUUGUAGUUUAUGAACAUUAUACUGAAUAAGGCUGUGAUAUGUAUUUGUGUGUGUGUGUUUGUGGGUGGGUGGGGGGAUCCAUCUAGAUUCAAUACAAUACAACACGUUUUUGUUAUGUCUUCUUUUGAUUACAUUUUAGAUUACCUGUGAGCUGUCUUCUAGCACCUUUAGAUAUUAAUUGCAUUUUUAGGUGCAUUCACCAUCAGUGUUGAAUAAUUGGCAUCGAAUCGUCAUUCUUAAAUACGACACAAGUAAAGAAAAGAAGCUUCUAUUUGUUAACACUAAUAAACUUCAUUAGUUAACAUGAAAAAUAUGUCUAACGCACCUAUUAAUCUUAAUGUUAAUUUCAGCAUGUACUACUUUACUCAGAUCAAAAGUCGUAUCUGUUAAUAUUAUUCAGUGGA